AUGGUUGGUAGCAACGAAAUAGCAGUAGCUGUUGAGGAGCCUGGUGGUUGUGGCAGUGGAGUUAAGUCUCGGGGUAACGUCCAUAUGGAGGAGGGUAUAGAAGACAUAGUUGUUGCAGGUAGUUGUGCAGAUGACAUGACUGUGGUUGGCAGCAACGAAAUAGCUGUAGUUGUUGAGGAGCCUAAGGAAGGGAUGGUUUUCCAGUGUUGGCAACAGGUUGAAGCCUACUACAAGGACUAUGCUGAGCAGACGGGGUUUGGAGUGACAAGGGCUCAAGGUGUAAAUUCUAAGACGGGGGAUCCAAAAAAAAUCAAAGUCACGUGGAAGUGUGAGUGCUGGGGAAAACCCGACAUGAGGGCUAGGAGGGAAGCGAAGAAGAGGGCAAAGGCAAUGAGCCAUGGAGGUUUAGGUGGUUUAGUUGAUGGGGUGGUAUGUGCGGAUGAAUUAAGUGGUAUGAAGAGGACUUCGAAAAAGUGCGAAUGUCAGGCCCGUGUUUAUGCUAAAGUUAACGAAGAUGGCUUGUGGGAGUUGAAGAGCGUGGAACUAAAGCAUAAUCACGCGAUUGAUCCGGCAAAUUAUAAGCUUGUUAAGGAGUACCGCAUGAAGAAAAUGACCUGCAAAGCGAAGAAGACGCUGACAGAUUUGUACGAGCAAGGUGUACCGGUUUCUCAAAUACACGGUUUCAUGGCGACCGAACGGAAGGGUAACAUGGAUCUGACGUUAAAAGAUUUACAACAUGAGGUGUACAAGGCUAGGCGGUUGAAGAUGGUUGGAGGGGACUCGGUGGCAAUGAUGGAGUACUUUGACAAAAUGCAAACCGGGAACCAAACGUUUUUCCAUGCUCAACGUUUGGAUGAAGAAGGGAGGCUUAAGGAUGUGUUGUGGGUGGAUGCAAGAAGUAGGGUAGCUUAUGAGGACUUUGGUGAUGCGGUUUGCUUCGACGCAACAUACCUAACGAAUGAGUACGAGCUCCCGUUUGCGAACUUUGUUGGUGUGAACCACCAUGGGCAAUCGUUGUUGUUGGGAUGUGCUCUUGUUUCGCAUGAAGACUGCGAUAUGUUUGCGUGGAUAUUUCGACAGUGGCUAGCUUGCAUGAACAAUCGAGCUCCUAAAGCCAUAUUGACCAACCAAGCGGCAGCUAUGCGGAGACCCCUUGCUGAAGUCAUGCCAAACACGGUGCAUCGUUGGUGCAUAUGGCAUAUCAUGAGCAAGAUCCAUGAGAAACUUGGCAAGUGUGCACGUUACCAGAAGUUCCUCACCCCCCUGAAAGAGCUGGUAUAUGAGAGCUUUGACCCCGAGGAGUUCCAAACCCGAUGGGCAGAGUUUAUUGCUGAGUAUAAGUUGCAGGACAAUGAAUGGCUACAGAGCCUAUACAAAGACAGUCAUAUGUGGGUUCCUGCGUACAUGAAGGAGUUUUUUUGGGCCGGUAUGAAGACCACACAAAGGGUGGAGAGCAUCAAUCGGUUUUUUGACGGCUAUGUGAACCGCAAAACAAAACUCCAUGAGUUUCCUCAAAAGUAUUGCAUGGCCUUGGAUCAACGCGUUCGAGAUGAACUGAGUGCAGAUGCGCGUUGCUCGAAGUACCUUAGGAGGUUGGUUAGUGGAUUCAAAGUCGAAAAAAUAUUCCAAAAGUUAUACACGGACAACAAGUUUCAAGAAGUUCAAAAGGAGUGUACGAGAAUGAUGUAUUGCAACGUCCGAGAAGAGAAGGUUUUGUCUGAAAAGCUUAUUCAGUAUUCGGUGGUCGAUCGUGUAUGGAUAGUACCCCCCGGUGCGAGUGAGGAUGUCAUUACAAACAGGCGAAGAUCCUACAAUGUUACUUUCUGUCAAAUGACAAAGGAGGUGCAGUGUGACUGUAGGAAGUUUGAGACUAGUGGCAUACUUUGCAAACACUGUAUUACGAUUUUGGAUUAA